AUGUUAUUAGAACGUCCUGAUGGACUUUAUACAUUUCGUUUACAUCGUGAACGUGUUUAUUAUUGCAGUGAAGCGAUUAUAAAAUAUGCCAGUAAUUUUCCUCGAAAAGAAUUACUCAGUUUUGGUACUUGUUUUGGUCGUUUUACUAAAACACGUAAAUUUCGUUUACAUAUAACAGCACUUGAUUUUAUUGCUCCAUAUGCAAAAUUUAAAGUAUGGCUUAAACCAAAUGCUGAACAACAAUUUCUUUAUGGACAUAAUGUUGUUAAAUCCGGCUUAGGACGUAUUACAGAAAAUACACCAAAAUAUCAUGGUGUUAUUGUGUACACAAUGAAUGAUGUACCAUUAGGGUUUGGUGUAGCGGCAAAAUCAACAAUUGAAUGUCGAGCAACUGAUCCAAUGGCUUUAGUUGUUUUUCACCAAGCUGAUGUUGGUGAAUUUCUUCGAAAUGAAGAUGCAUUAACAUAA